UCUUGGCAACGUGAAAUGCUGCGAACGCGCUACACAUCGCGCAAGCGACCACCGUGACAAACUAAUUUAUCUUGCAUCAUCUCUCUCAGAGCCAUCCUCCCUUCAAUUAUACUCGCCCGGUAAAUGUCAGGGACUGUUCUUCGCCACAGCUCAUCGCGUUCUCCAUUCCAAGUACUCAGUCCAUGCUCGCAACGACCAUGGAUCCCCCCGAAUCGUAUACGAGCGACUUGAAACAGCCAAACACCGAAGUUUCCUCACGCGACAACGACACGACUAUUACAUUUACGACCUCACUUCAAACCCCUGAGAAACUUCUCGGCGUUGAUGGUGAUAUUCUCAUUCCUAAACCGGAGGAUAUCGAUCGUGUUUUCCAAGAAGGUCGAGAAACGUGGGCGCAAUUAGUCGCAUUAGCCGAGUCCCUUCCUCGGAAUUCGUUGCCAGCAGGUCUCGAUGAUCCAUCCAUCAUGUUGAACGAUGUGCCUGCGCUACCACCUCUUCCGGAAGCCGAUCUACUGACUGGACGGCCAGUAUGGCACAUACCGAGCACCGAGCAUGGCCAAGAUGACAAGACACAUAACAAAGGUUGGGAUCUCGAACAAGUAUCUGGCACGCAAAAACAUUUCACUCUUUCAUUUUCUGCGCCGAUUGAGUGUUAUGCAUCACCCCAAGUAAACUCAGCUACUCCUCGAGGUCUCUUACUCUUGACACUAUGCUGGUCGUACAUUCUCUCUGUCCGGCUUUGGGAACUCCAGGGCAAGACUGCUACGUACACUAUGCAAGCACUACAACCGAGAACAACCAAGGUUUCACACACUCGACAAGAUGAGAUCAAUCUCGAUAUGAGAGCGCCUGCGUCCCGCGAUUUAGUCAGGUGGCUCUCUGCUAUCCUUGCAUCGAAACCUGGCUGGUCAGUCGAAGGAGGAGGCUUCGCACCAUGGGCCGCAUUCUGUUCUGGAGAUGCACAAUUUGCCAUUUUCACCGACGAGGUCGUAACAUUUGCCCCAAAGGAUCGACCGCCCAGCUCGGACAAGGCCACAGAACUUCUCAUAGAGCUCUGCAGCUUGUAUGGAUUUGAGCCCAGCAAGCGCAAGGGCGGAAGGUUUGAUUCAUUAUCUCCGGUUACAGCAGCAUUUCUGGCGGCACUUGCGCUCCCAUUCUAUCGUUCUGUUGGCCUGCAGCCGCACUUUUCCACAUCUACACUGAGAAGACGCAGUAUAGACCAAGCAGAGCUAGAACCCAUACGUCAAUAUGUCGCGGAUCUACGGUAUUACAUGACGUUGAGUAUGCACCCGAUGUCUGUUGGGUCCAUUAUUUGGAGCGUAUUCUGGCAGCCAGCAGUUCAAUGUAAUGUUGUCAGUCCAUGGUUGAGUUCUAUCCUCAGUGUGGUGCGACCAAUUAUUGACGCGGGAAACUUGGACAUGCUCGCGAAAACGUUUGCAUUCCGUCGUCCGCGCGUUGCUCUAUGGUGGCAAGGCAUUUUCCUUCUUGGAAACCCUGCUAUCCCUGGCUUUAUUGUGCGUUACCUGGAGACGCUUGAGGAACGCUGGGGUUAUGGGUCGAUGGCACCGCCAGAUACCACUGUUUCUGCAUGGACUGGGUCACCUCAGUCUUUCCUAGACGAGGAAUCGUCGUCUAUUUAUUCUGAUCUGAAAGACUUGGUUCCAAGGGCUGACCUUCUCAGACUUCGCUAUAACUUUCGCCUACAAGACACAACAUCUGUUCUACUAUCGUGGCGACCUUUUGGAGUUGUCCCCAAGCAGGAGAUCGAGCUUGAACUCUGGCCCUCGUUGGAACACCACGCGAGCAGAUCCUACUUACAUUGGGUCUGGUGGAUGAAGAAGGGAGAAAACGUGGUGGGUCAUGAUAUUCAGCGCGGGUUCCGGAAGGACACUGGCAGGCUCGUUCCGGAUGUAGCUGACCACCUGGACACAACCUCUUUGGAUCAUGUUACGAAAUGCAGUUGGGAUGUAAACCUAGAACCAUCACGGGAAGCUACACUUCGAAUGGUGAGCUUCUGCAUGGAGGACGUCAUAGGGGAUCGAGAUGAUGAAAUAUCAGCCGUCCCAGGCAUCAAAACACACCCAUGGCUGGAGGACUGGAGAGGCCUUGAGUGAGUAUGGAACGUAAUUGGGAUACAAAUGAUUGUCUCUUCGGGCAUUGCUUGAUACAUCUAGAAGAGCCUGUAGUGUUGACAAGUUAAUAGAAGCAAUCAGAAUCAUUAACAUGCGAUGAAAAGAUCUUAGAAUCCCCGACGAAGCCGGUCAUGGACAGGGAGGACACAAAGUGC